GAUAAGUUUUUGCUGAUAUGUAUUGUACAUUAGGACUAGCUGGCUUUGACUUUAAAAGUCAAGGGGCAUUUUCGAUUACCAAGAACAAACCAAAGAACGACGUCGUUGCAAAGGAGUGUGGGAAGACACAAAAGGGCAACGGUGUACCGCGUGACCAGCACUGACACCAUUAACUCUCUCUCUCUCUCUCUCGGCCUGCAAAUCUAAACCUGCUCUCUCUCUCUCUCUCUCUCUCUCUCUCUCUCUCUGGUUUGUUGCUGCUGCUGCUGUUUCGUCAUGUCGAUAAAAACAGUGAAAGUUAGCAAUGUCUCCUUAGGUGCAUCUGAGCAAGACAUAAAGGAGUUCUUUUCCUUUUCUGGUGACAUUGAGUAUGUUGAAAUGUGCAGUGAAAAUGAGCGGUCUCAAGUUGCAUAUGUUUCCUUCAAGGAUCCCCAGGGGGCGGAGACUGCUGUUCUUCUUUCGGGUGCAACCAUUGUUGAUAUGUCUGUCGGUAUAGCUCUGGCACCAGAAUACAAGCUGCCAGCUACUGCUUCAGUAUCACCAGUUGAAACAGAGAACAAAAAUGCAGUGGCUGCUGAAUCUGCUGUCCAGAAGGCAGAGGAUGUGGUAAGCAGCAUGCUGGCAAAGGGCUUCAUUUUGGGCAAGGAUGCACUCAAUAAGGCAAAGGCCUUCGAUGAGAAGCACCAGUUCACUUCCACUGCUACUGCCAAAGUUGCUUCUCUGGACCAGAAGAUCGGUUUGACUGAGAAAAUCAGUGCUGGAACAACUAUUGUGAAUGACAAAGUGAAGGAAAUGGAUCAGAAGUUCCAGGUUUCUGAAAAAACAAAGUCAGCUUUUGCAGCUGCUGAGCAGUCAGUCAGUAACGCUGGCUCUGCCAUCAUGAAGAACCGUUAUGUGUUGACUGGGGCAUCAUGGGUUACUGGUGCAUUCAGUAGAGUUACCAAGGCAGCUGGGGAAGUUGGACAGAAGACGAAGGAGAAGAUGGCAGAGGAAGAACAGGAAAAGAAAAUAGCCGAGGGCUAUUCGCAGCUUCAUGAGAAUGAUUCCCCAAAAGCUGCGACAAAUGAGCAGCCCUCCAAACCAAUGCCUGCACAAGGUUUGAUCCUUUAAUUUGCUAAAACUUGUGUAAAUAUUUUUCCAGAGAGUUUGGAUCUCAUCAUCUUAUAUUUUGUCUGCUCUUUUCUGGUUGUUUUGGAUGUAGUAAAUUAGAGUAGGUUGUUAUACCUUGGUUCAUUACAUUUGUAAGUCGGUACUUGAGCAUAUUUUGGCUGAAGUGUUUUUUGUCAUACACAUAUAUGGAUGCCUGAGUCUUUACUUGGUUUA